AUGGCCGAGGGAGCGGUCACGGCGAGCUUGGACUCGCUGUGUGCGAGCCGCGCAGAUCUGGCCCAGGCGUUGGAGCAGCAAUUGGACUUGCUGGCUCGGGCGCAGGCUGCUGAACAACAGCUGCCCUCGCUACAGCAGAAAGCACGUCAGACGCUGCAGCAGUAUCGGGACCAGUUGGCUGAACUCCGCGUGGCUUUGGCCGACAACCAGCGACCCGUGCACGACACACCGCAUUGGUACAGCGCCUGGGCAGAGUUUGGCGAGGCUCCCGAAAUCAAUCGCCUCAAGACACUUGCCCAUCUCGAGCAGGAAAAGCGUCAACUGACCUUCUUGCAGGAUGUGCUGGCGCAGCGCAUCAUCGAUUCACACCUGGACGAGUGCACCUGGCCUGUGGAGCCCGUCACUCUCAAGCACACCACCCGACACGGCGGGCACUGGUGCUUCAAGGUCUGUCAGAACAACACAAGCUGGUUUGUGAUCAAUAUCAGCACGGCCAAGUUUGGGCGCCUCUUGCCCUCGCCCUCGAUACUCCAGAUACGCUCUGCCUCUCACUUGGAGGUGCACAAACGCUGGCUUUUCUCCAUACGGUGUUGGAGGCUACCACGGUCCUCAACGACCCGACGUGCUUUGAUGAAUACGGCCUCGGUCACCUGGCAUUCCUUCAAGACUUACGCGCCAACGUUUGCCAAGAACACCUUUUUAAUCUGACCCAAGAUGCUCAUCUUGGUGUUGCUUGCCUGCUGUUCGAGGACGCGCUUGCCAUGGAGCAAUGGGCUGAACUUACGCUCGCAGACGCAGCAGCCAUCGAUGACAGUCUGGCGGCUGAAGCCCGCGCCCUCUGCACCGCUAUGCUGCAAAGCAGCCGUAAGCAUUUGGCCCAGGCGUGGACGGGUGCUGCCCGAACGGCCUUGCAGACCGCUCUCAUGAUGCUCGAUGUCGGCUGGCAGCAUGCCAGCUCUGAAGAAGAUGCGGCUGAGGACUCACAGACCUCUGCCGACGCGCGCGCUGAAGCCCAGUUUGAUGCUAUGGUCCAGCAAGUCGCACAUCGUUUGCGAGCCUUUCACCUACGCCUGGCCCGCCUGCUCAGCCAAGCGGCCUUGGCGGCCCUCGAGGUGGCUGCGCUGGACGAAAUCUUUGCCGUUUGCUUGGAGGGCAUCCAAAAAACUUUGGGCCUUGAACGCAACGCCCAGCUCGAGCGUCUUGUUCUGGCGAUGGCCUUCGGGCUGCACCAAGACUUGUCAGCGCCCACGUGUCAAAGGUUGCAAGACCUCUUGGUGAUUACAAACUUGGAGCCCGAACCAUGGUUCAAACUCUACAACCUGUUAGCAACACCCGAACUGCGCCGAGAGGCUGAGGCUCAGGCUCGCGCAGUUGGGAUGCAUGCCUUGUCUGUGACUGUUAUCAAGUCCAUAAUGGACAAACACGUUGGGCAUCGCCAACGCUUCGGCCUUGCAGAUACAUAAAGUCGUUGCCCGAUUUCUUCCAACUUUGCAGCCGUCCUCAAUACUGAAGCAGGUGGGAACACGAGUUCAUCUAAUCCAAAUGGUCAAUGUC